AAAUCCCAAAAAAAUCUUGUUUUUCAUCAAAGAGGAUGUUAUUAAUUAAUGCUUUCUUUUUCGCUAAAUAAUACAGAAAUUAGGAGAAAAUAAAAAAUUAUAAGGAAUUACAUACAUUUUAAUAAAAUUAUUGUAAUUUUAAAAGAAGACUUACAAUUUUCUAACUUGCAAACCAAUGACCCAGUAAUAAUAAUGACGGCGCUGUUUUUUCUUAAUUUAUUGAUAAUUCAAUAUGCGACCUGCCUUGACUAUGAUGGUUGGUUGAAUAUAAAAAUAGAUCAUUCUAUUAAUUGCAAAGGAGAAAAAUUUUGCAAUCGUGGUAAUGUAUCAUUAAAAAGCAUUCGUGCGGGUAAUGCUUUAAUAGAUCAAAUCCCAUUUACAACUGAACACAUUGAUGAAUUAAAGAACAUUGCUGCACUGGAUGGAUUUUACACUCUUCGGACAUUGGUGACCACUGCUGAUAGUAAAGAAACUGAAUUUUUAUCAUCCAUAAAGGCACAGGCAUUUCUUCAAAAUGCAUUAUCAGAUGUUAUCAGUGCUUGGGUGAUGCCAAAUGGUGAAGUUAUAGCAGUUACCUUUCAAGUAUCAAAUUCAAGUCAUUCUAUUUUACUUGAAAAAGAAGCAGAAUAUAAUUUGAGUUCAAAUUUCUAUCUUCGAUAUGUGGAUCAGGCACCUGUACCAGAUACAGCUUCUUAUAUACAAAAGUUAGAUAGAGAAAGAGAAGCAAGAGAAAAGGGUGAAUUAAAAGACAAUAGAUCAUUCUUAGCAAAAUAUUGGAUGUACAUUGUGCCCAUUGCAAUAUUUGUCAUGAUCUCUGGAGCCAGCAACCCAGAAGGAGCUGCACCUGCUUCACGUUAGUUUGUAUAAGCAUAGUAAAAUAAAUUAUUAUACUUGAA